GAGAGCUCGGAGUGAAAUGAUUGUGAUUGGACAGGGUUUGUUCAAUCAGGAAAGUCGUUGUUAGCCGGUGGAAGAGUGGUGGAAUUAAUAAGCAAAAAGAGAGAAAGGACCGAGAAGAAAAUAACUGUAAACACAAAUACUGCAAAAUGAGUUCCAUUGGCACUGGGUAUGAUUUAUCCGCCUCCACGUUUUCCCCUGACGGAAGAGUUUUUCAAGUUGAAUAUGCCUCGAAGGCUGUAGAAAACAGCAGCACAGCUGUAGGCAUCAGGUGCAAAGAUGGGGUUGUGUUUGGAGUUGAAAAGUUAGUUUUGUCCAAACUCUACGAACAGGGUUCAAACAAACGCAUCUUUAACAUUGAUCGACAUGUGGGAAUGGCAGUGGCAGGUCUCUUGGCAGAUGCACGGUCUCUUUCUGAAAUAGCUAGAGAAGAAGCUUCCAACUUCAGAUCCAACUAUGGCCAUGACAUUCCACUAAAGCAUCUUGCAGACAGAGUGGCAAUGUAUGCUCAUGCAUACACACUGUACAGUGCAGUCAGACCUUUUGGCUGCAGCUUUAUGUUGGGAUCAUAUGAUGAAGAUGAUGGUCCUCAGCUGUACAUGGUUGACCCUUCUGGAAUUUCUUAUGGUUACUGGGGAUGUGCUGUUGGCAAGGCUAAACAAGCUGCAAAAACCGAGAUUGAAAAACUCCAGAUGAAAGAGAUGACUUGCAGAGAGCUGGUGAAAGAGGUUGCAAAAAUAAUCUACAUUGUGCAUGAUGAAGUAAAAGACAAAGCCUUUGAGCUUGAACUCAGCUGGGUUGGAGAAGUUACAAAAGGCAGGCAUGAAUUGGUACCAAAAGAACUCAGAGAGGAAGCAGAAAAAUACGCUAAAGAUUCGCUAGAAGAGGAGGAUGAUUCUGAUGAAGAUAAUAUGUAAAUAACUCGACCCAACAUUGCUUGUGCUGUAAACAAAUGUCACUAUCCCAGACUGUACUAAAUCUGCAAGUACAGAUAUUUCUUUACAUUAUCCUUUUUGUACCUUUCAGCAGAUAAGGACUGCGUAACUUUUAUCAAUUCAUUAUUUGGGAUACUAACUUGCAAGUGUUUCAGUGAGUAACUUGCAAUAAAGUCCUAAGUAGUAA